UUCACAUUCCCACUUUGCCUUUUUUCCUCGACGCGACAAGCCGUCACACAACAUUAUGCUUUCGCUCUCGACCAUCGCCGCCCGCCUUCGCGCGAUCGCCUUGUGCCCGUGCCUUCCUGUCGGUCUUCACGGCCUCUCGGCGAUGCUCGCGCUUCUCGCGACGAGCUGCAUCGGCCGCUACAUGCAGUCGACGUCCUGCAGCGCAUACGUUCAAGAAAUUAGUGACAUGGAUGCGUUCGAGCUCUCGUUAACUGCAGCGAUUGUCGCCGCCGUGCUCAGUACCGGCGGUGCCUUUGCGGCUGCGUACCGCACCAAAAGCUAUGUGGCGCACCGGCCCGUUGUUCUCGCGUUCACCCUCGCGAGCUUGGUGUUCGUCCUCGCCGCAAACGCGUCGCUGGGCGAUGCGUAUGCGAGCGACCAUGUGUGUGCGUCGAGCCAUCGUAAACAGGAUUUGGUCUUGGAGGUCCGCGCCCUCUGCAACGUCAACUGCGAUGCGCUGCAUGCAAGCGCGAAGAUGGCGGUCUUUGUGGUCAUGGCACUCUUCGCCUCGCUCGUCGUUGGUACGUACCAGCACUAUACGGCGCAGCGCAUCGUGGUCGUCGAGAGCGCUGGCACGCCGACGACCAAGUUUGAGCUCAUGGAGACGCCCCGCAUGACGGACGACGAGACGAUUGUCGUCGCGGUGCCCCUUGAUGCGCCCACCAAGGCUGUCUGAGCGUCUGUCUCGUGUAGUGUCUACCUCUGUUGCAUAAACGACGACACGUGUACGUUGAA